AUGGCCUCAAGCACAAUCCCACGUUCUGCCAUGUGCAGCCUAUCCCGUGCGACACCGUCUCUACGCUCCGCAACACCGCGCAUCGCCACGAGAUGUCUGCACCAGCAAUCAUCGCCCAUCACAGCCUCGAGACUGCAACAUAGACCAACAGCACAGCCAUGGAGCCAAAGAGUAGCAGCUCCAUCAGCGACAGUCGCGCGACGAACCAUGUUCAUCCAAACCGAGCCCACACCCAACGCCGAUGCCCUAAAGUUCAACCCCAACCAGCGCGUCCUCCCCGAAACAAUCUCCUCCCCCUUCCUCGAAUACCUGAAUCCCCGCUCCACCCUCGCGCCACCGCACCCCUCCCCGCUCGCCGCGCAACUCCUCAACAUCGACGGCGUAACCAGCGUCUUCUUCGGCGCGGAUUACAUCACCGUAACCAAAGACACAUCCACGCCCUGGUCGCACGUAAAGCCUGAAGUAUUCGCCCUCAUCAACGAAUACAUGACGUCCGGCCAACCCAUCGUCAACACCGUCGCCUCCAAACCCGGCGAGCAAGGCCAAGGCGGCCAAGAAGCAGAUUCAUUGGCCUACGACGAAAACGACGACGAAGUCAUCGGCAUGAUUAAAGAGUUGCUGGAUACCCGCGUCCGCCCCGCGAUCCAAGAAGACGGCGGCGACAUUGAGUUCCGCGGCUUCAACGACGGACAAGUCAUGUUGAAGCUGAGGGGCGCGUGCCGGACCUGCGAUUCUAGUACUGUGACGCUCAAGAACGGGAUCGAGAGCAUGUUGAUGCAUUAUAUUGAGGAGGUCAAGGGGGUUCAGCAGGUGCUGGACCAGGAGGAGGAGAUUGCGUUGCAGGAGUUUGCCAAGUUUGAGGAGAAGCUUAGGCAGCAGAAGGGGCCUGAGGCGACGAAGGGGACUGUGGGGAAGGGAAGUCUGGAUUAUGUUGAGUAG